AUGAGCGAGAGUCCGUCUCCAAGGCCGCCUAAAAGGUCCGCUCUCGUCCUAUAUGGAUCGGAAACCGGCAAUGCCCAAGAGGUGGCCGAAGAACUGGGGGCUCUGGCCGAACGCCUACACUUCAUGACUCAGGUCUCGGAGAUGAACCAUAUCAAGCCGGAGACAUUGAGCUCGUAUACUAUUGUUAUAUUUGCUCUCUCGACGACGGGGCAGGGGGAUCUGCCUGCGAAUGCGCGGACGUUCUGGAGAUCUUUGCUUUUGAAGAGGCUUUCGUCGACAUUUUUGGAGGGGGUUAGGUUUACGUCGUUUGGGCUAGGGGAUAGUUCUUAUCCUAAAUUCAAUUGGGCUUCGCGCAAGCUGUGUAAGAGAUUGGUUCAGUUGGGCGCAAGUGAAGCAUAUCUUAGCGGGGAGGCCGAUCAACAGCAUCCCGAAGGACUUGAAGGGACGUUUAUUCCUUGGAUAACCGAUUUCCGCAAGCACUUACUGGACACAUACCCUCUUCCUGAAGGCCAGCAUCCGAUACCGGAAGAUGUUCAACUGCCCCCGAAAUGGGUUCUACAACUACAGGAUGGAAGCCUGUCACCGAAGAUUAAACCUAGGACGCAGGGACAGCGUACUUCGGUCGAGAAUUCGAAGUCACGACUUGAGCAUGAUCUCCGACCAAUUCCCGAUACCUUGACUGCAACACUUACUCAAAAUAAGCGUGUGACUCCACCAAAGCACUGGCAAGAUGUACGACAUGUAUCUUUGACGGUUUCUGAUUCCGUCGCUUACGUUCCUGGCGACAUGAUCUCUAUCAUGCCCAAGAACUUCGCCGAAGAUGUUCAUGCCCUGAUCCAGAUGAUGGGCUGGGAAGACCAGGCCGAUCAAUUGGUCUCGUUGGUCCCUGCCGAUACUCAGCACCCCGCUGAAGACCUACCGUUGCCGCCGAUCCUGAGCCUCGAGUCAUAUCCAAAGCUGACGCUACGCGCGCUUAUUAUGGACUACCUAGACAUCCGAGCGAUCCCUCGGCGAAAGUUCUUCUCGGAGAUUGCCCACUACACUGACGAUGAGAUGCAGAAGGAACGCCUUCUCGAAUUUACCAACCCCGAAUUCUUGGAUGAGCUCUGGGAUUACACUUCGCGGCCGAGACGUAGCAUCCUUGAGGUACUACAUGAGUUUGAUACGGUAAAGAUCCCAUGGCAACAUGCGACUUCGGUCUUUCCCAUCCUCCGAGGGCGGCAAUUCAGCAUUGCCAGUGGGGGAGAGCUGAAGAGGACACCCGAAGGCGGAGCAAAGUUCGAACUAUUGAUCGCCAUCGUGAAAUAUAAAACAAUAAUCAAGAGGAUCAGAGAGGGUGUCUGCACAAAGUACAUCUCGGUGCUUCAACCGGGGAGCACCUUGAAGGUACAUCUGCAGCGCGGAGGCCUGAAUUCUUCCUUGGGUCAACUGACUGGGCCAACGGUGCUGGUUGGCCCCGGCACAGGAGUCGCACCGUUACGGUCUAUGAUCUGGGAGAAAGCUGCCUUAGUCAAGGCUUAUAAGGAAGAAAAUGGCGGGGCUGAGCCUUCUAUUGGACCUACCAUUCUUCUCUUUGGGGGCCGCAAUCGGGAUGCAGAUUUCUUCUUUGACGAGGAAUGGCAGCAGUUGAGUAAGCUGGUUAAGUUAGAGGUCUUAGCGGCGUUUUCCAGGGACCAGAAACAAAAGGUUUAUGUACAGGACGUUAUCCGAGACAACCUUGGGUUCUUCUUUAGACUCUUGCAUAACAUGUCUGGAUCGGUGUAUGUAUGUGGUUCGUCAGGGCGGAUGCCGCAAGCUGUCCGGGAGGCCCUGGUCGAAGCAUUCCAGAAUGGUGGGGAAAGGGAAGGCGGACGCUUCAGCAGAGAAGAGGCCGAAGAGUACUUGCUUGGUAUGGAGAAGUCAGGGCGGUACAAGCAGGAGACCUGGUAA